AUGGUCGACGAGAAGUUCAUGAUCUCAUACCUAAAGCGUACUUAUGUGACACUUUUGAAGCAAGAGUCUCACUAUGUGGGGAGUACGUUUCACAAGGCUGAAGACAUGAAAAAUAACAUGCAGUGGACAUUUGGUAGUAGCUGUUUUUUCUCGAUGAACGUCUACACAACGACUGGUUACGGUUCCAUAGCCCCGUCGUCGACAUUGGGAAAAGCGUGUGUGGUCGUCUAUGGGCUUCUAUUCGUCCCUCUCACUCUGGUUGUCAUCAGGCAUCUCGGCAAUUCAGCUCUGGUAAUGCUGACGAACAUUUACGCAAACGCCGUCAUUCGGUGGAGAAAAUUUUGGUCCAAAAAAGAUGUCGAGGAUGGUGAAGUCUUCACACUGCCGGUUGUCCUAUGUAUCUUUUUCAUGAUAGUAUACCUGAUGGGCACGACCACAUUCAUUUUCGCCUACGAUAAGCUUUCCGGUUUACCAAACACCGGCAUGGAUUAUUUCCUGUCUUUCUAUUUCUCGUUCAUCUCCAUCUCAACGAUCGGCCUCGGAGAUGUGAUGCCUACCAACGUGACGGUGAUUUUUUUUACCUAU